AUGAUUAAUGGCAUUGAUUUUUUUUUAUUUAAUUAUGAUGUAUUGGAAUCAUAUUGUAAUUUUAUUUCAAAUGAUUGUAAAAAUGAAAUAUUGAAUUCUUCAGCUUUUAGUAUUAAUAAAUUGUUUAUGAUUUAUGGAAAUAUUAAUCAUAUUUUGAAACUUUAUUUCAGACUAAGAACUACUUUUUUAAAAAUUUAUAAAAUAAUAAAUAUAAUUUUGAUAUUUUGA